AUCAGACCACCGCUGCUCUACUUCACCAGUUCUCUAGUUCUGCAGUUGAUUUGAAGUAGAUACAGUCAUGGCUGCUGCUGCAGUGAAUUCCCGCAAAAGACUGCGCUCGCCCUCGCCGACCGCCUCCGUGGCGUCAACCACCGCCUCCGUCCGCAGCACCGCGUCUCUAAAACUACCCCCGACCGCCAUCUUCGCGCCCGGUCUUUUCGCCCGCGGCGCCGAGCUACGCGAUCAGCACUCCACCUCGUCGCCCUACAAGCACUGCGUCAUUGACGAGCUUGUGUCCGACACCCUUCUCCGCCGCGUCCGCCGCGAGAUCACGUCCGAGCUCCAUUUCACUCCGAAAGAGACAGACAUCUACAAGCUCCAGCAGACAGGCGACCUGCUCAACAUCAGCGGUCUGCCGCCCAAAGAGCGCCGGAAGCUGUCUGCCCUGCGUGCGCUGCGGGAUUCAAUGUACUCGCCUGAGUUCCGCAAGCUGGUCGAGCAGAUCUGCGACUGCGGCCCGCUCUCGGGGAAGAAGCAGGACAUGAGCAUAAACUGCUAUGUCAAGGGCUCGCAUCUGCUCACCCACGACGACGUCAUUGGAUCCCGCCGGGUGUCGUACAUCUUGUAUCUUCCUGAUCCUGAGGAUCCGUCUUGCACCGUGCGCGACAAACGGGGGCGGAAUACAGGAUGGGACCCGAAAUGGGGUGGUGCGCUGAGACUAUUCGAGGUCGAGGCUAAAGGUGCGCCAAAAGUCGAUCCAACAUUAUCCCUCCCGCCUGCCUGGAACCAGCUCAGUUUUUUUGUCGUCCAACCCGGAGUCUCCUUCCAUGACGUCGAAGAAGUAUAUGUAGACAAACCCCGACUGGCAAUCUCUGGCUGGUUCCAUCUUCCUCAAGAAGGAGAAGACGGCUACAUCAAGGGUCUACAGGAAUCACUAAACCUCGAAAGUUCUCGCGCAGCUCUUGCCGAUGCUGCUGCAAACGCUGCCUCCGGUCUCGGCGAACUGCCUUCUCCCACCCUGAAACGCGUUGCCGGCGACGACGACAGCGCCGAGAGCAAGUUGACGGAGAAAGAGGUUGCGUACUUGGCAAGAUACAUCAGCGCAAAGUAUCUGGAUGAGAGCGAGAUUGCAAAGCUGUGCGACGAAUUCGCGGAUUCCUCGCUUCUCGAACUCGAGGAGUUCCUCAAUGACGACUUUGCGGGCGCUUUGAAGGGGUACAUUGUCGACAGCGAGAGUAGGCCGGUACCUCAGACGGUGAGCGAGGUUGCAGAGACAGAACCCGAAUGGAGUGUAUCCCGGCCGCCGCAUAAGCACCGAUACCUCUACAUCGACGCGACUUCCCCCUCGGACAGCCAGACAGUUUCACCACCGCACGAGCUUGCGCAACUGUUUAGCACGCCUACAUUUCGUAAAUGGCUCACCAUUGUCAGCGGUAUAGCCUCUCCCACGCACUCUCGAGUCCUUGCUCGGCGAUUCCGACCUGGUCUCGACUACACCCUUGCGACGACGAGUUUGAACCCGGUAGACGAACAAGGCGCCGACGACAAGUCGGGGCUGCUCGAAGGUGUCUUGUGCGUCACGCCUACAGAUGGCUGGGACGAUGGGGAGUUUGGCGCGUAUGAGCUGUAUAUGAACGAUGGGACGGAUGAGGGUGAUAAUGCGGAGGCUGGGGAUGGGAAGACGGAUAUGCCGGAGAAUGAUCCUGCGGUUUACUUGAGUGCUUCGCGGGCAAAGCGUGCGAAGGAGGUCGAGAAGCUACGAGGAGAAGGGACGCUUGCGCCCGGAGCAGAGGUAGAGGACGACGACAAUGAAGAAGAGGAUGACGAUGAUGAUGAUGACGAUGACGAUGAGGAGGACGAGGAAGAGGAAGAGGGUGACUCGGUGCUGCUGACGAGCCAAGCGCGAUGGAAUACGUUUACGCUGGUCUAUCGGGAUCCGGGAGUGCUCAAGUUUGUAAAGUACGUGAGCAAGUUGGCGCCGGGGAGUCGGUGGGACAUUGCAGGUGAAUGGAAGCCGGGAAGUAGUCCAGAGGAGGAGUAGUCAUCUACAAAAGCUGUUUUGAAUACAAUUAUCUUGGG